UUCCUGAUCCAGGCAUGAGAAUGAUUUCAAUACAUUCUUCUCUUGUCAAAAGCGUUUUUAAAGGCUAUCUGGGGGGAAAAAAUGAAAGUAUGAAAAAAAAAAAAAACUUUUUUUGGAAGACAUUUAGGUAAACAAAAAAAAGUGUUAAUUUCCCCCAUGUAUAAUUCUGCUUUGUUGCAUUGGACGUCUUUGUUUUGUUAUAUAAGGUGUUGGCUUUAUACUCCAUUAUAGGCAACUUUGCAUAAUAACAUCAUUAGUGCUUUUUUUCCCUACAGUAAAAUGAUCAAAUGCUUUCUUCAGCUUUGAGUAUUGCUGAAGACUCAAAGUGCCGUGUGGUGGUGUUCUCGGGUGCAGGGAAAAUCUUCACUGCAGGCAGAGGAAGCUCAGCGAAAGCUUAAGAGACAGAAUGGAGAGGACCCAGCCCUGCCUCCAUUCUGCCCACUGUUUGCCAGCUUGGUAAACAUUCUGCAGUGUGACAUGACGCUUGGCAUGCUGGGAGCUGUGCUGCAGUGGGCUAUGGAGCUCAGUGGAGGACACUGGUCUGAGUCCACGCUGCAGAGGGUGCUGCACUUGAUAGGCAUGGCUCUGCUGGAGGAGCAGCAACAGCUAGAGAACAUUGGGGAUGACGAUGAAGUUACUUUCAACUUCACCCUCAAAAUCUCCCGUCCCGGUGAAGCCCCCGGCAACACUACAAGCAUCCUGGCUCUGUUAGAGACCUUGCAGUGCGCGCCUCACUUGGAAGUGCACAAAGACAUGAUUCGCUGGAUCCUUAAAAUGGUUAGCAUUAAAACGAUGCGUGAGUGCACAGCUGCUGCACCUCCCUGUGAAGGAACAGGGCACUGUCACAAGGAGACUGUGUGGGACAAAGACAAAGCAGAGAGAAAAAGGAAAGCUGAACUGUGCUGGAAAAAGACCAUGGCUCAAACAUUAGAGAGCCAGAGUCAUUUUAUCAAUAAGUACAUAGAUCUGCUCACGCAGGAUUCAGAGGAUCUGGACGCCUCAGCCUCUACAUCAGCAGAGCAUAGCCCCAGUUCAUGUGACAGUGCUCUGGUGUGUGUGGGACCUCGUCGUUGGCGUGCCAGAGGAGGAGAGAGGAGGCAGAUGGAGAUGUGUAUCCUGUGUCACGAAGCGCAGGAGAUCCUACCUGAUGGCACCACCAUGGUGCUCGCUGCCUUUGUCCAACGCUCUACGGUCAUGUCCAAGAUCCGCAAAAGACCCCCUCACAAUCCAGAGAGCUAUGAUCCCCUCUUCAUGCACCCUGACCUGUCCUUUGGUACCCAUACCGGCAGCUGUGGCCACAUCAUGCACUCUCACUGCUGGCAGAGGUCUUUGAAUAUCAAUGAUGCAGACAGGGAGGAGAAAAAUAACAGGUAUUUACAUACCAGUCAGUAUGUGUGUGUGUGUGUGUGUGUGUGUGUGUGUAUGUGUGUAUAUGUGUGUGUGUCUCUGCACCACUUAACUCCUGUCUCCCAUUUUUACUGCAUUUGUAAAACUGGAGACACUGCAGGGGGAAACCACUCAAACCCUCUAGUGUGUGAAUCUCCCAGAGCUUACACAUUCAAACUGAAACUACACAAGCACUACAAACGUGUGUGUGUGUGUGUGUGUGUGUGUGUUUGUGUAACAAAUACAGUAACAGUAAACCGUUUUUGUGUUGAUCUUGAUGUAUGUUUUGGAUCAUUGUCCUGCUGGAAGAUCCAACCACGGCCAAUUUGAAGCUUUCUGUCAGAGGCAGUCAGGUUUUCAUUUAAUAUCUGUUGAUAUUUGAUAGUCCAUUACGCCAUGUAUCCUUUCUCUGUACCGUCACUUUGGGGUGGUAGUUACAUACAUCGACUUGGAUAAGCAAGUUACAAGCCAUCGAUAAGGGAAACCUGAGAUCAAGAUACAUCUCAGGUUUUAUUUAUUUAUUUUCAUUUAUUUAUUUAUUUUUUAAGAACUCACUUUUUACAUUCCUUCUAAUAAGUCGCCUAAAUGCAUUCUUAAGUUCAUUCUGCUUAAGGCACUCCACAAAAGCUUAGUGGAGUAGUACUCCAGCUACCAAGGAGUAGUUGAUUAAAAAUAGUCGAGAGUAUUUGUUUAUAAAACUAAUUGUUGAAGCCCUAAAAAGAGCAGUGUUCCUGUGGACCUCAGGGGAAGCAGUAAGGAGCUCUGUUCAUUUGUGAACUUUAAGAAAAGUAACCUGGGUGAAGCUCUUCAUGAAUCUGGGAGAUGUUGAGUAUGUGCAAAAAAUUUAAAUAUAACAUUUAAAAAGUUUAAGAUUUCACAGCAUAUUUGUGUGUGUGUUAUUUCAGUAUUAAUGUUCUUAUUAUUAUUUUAAAACUUUUUUUAAAAAAAAACAAACAAACACAUGUGCCAGGGUGUACAAACGUUUUUUUUUUGUUUUUCCUGGUUGCGUAUUUAAAAUUCUUACUUGAACCGGUACAUCUAUACGAUAUAUUUUCGUCAUGUGUGUGCUUGUGUGUGUAUUUGCACAUGUAUGUGCACGUGUGUGUUUUCCUACUAUAGGUGUUUAAGGACUCUUUGAUCCACCAGAGGACGGGUGAUAAGAAGAACCCAUUUCGGUACUUCUCUAAGCAGGAGCUGAAGGAGCUUUUCACACUGGAGGACACGUACUCGUCCUCCACUCGGCUGCAGCUGCAGUCGCUCCACUCGUCUGCGUGCCGCUCCGACCCUGAGCUGCAGUGCCACAUCUCCUCUCUGAAGGGCAUGAAUGUGUUUGGCGUGUCCCGUCAUGACUUGCUGUUCUCUAAUGAGGAUACUCUGCAGGACGAGGACAAAUAUGGUCACAAUUUGGCCCAUAUCUGUU